CUCUGGCCUCACAGAGCUUCAGGUCCAAGCAGAUAAUGGACGUUUCAAGUCCCACGACUGAAGCUUCUUCAAUGGCGCCUAGUUCUAAGCUUUUCUGCUGCAGGGCCGUGAGACGCUGCAUCCCUCUGGUAUACAGACAGGAGCUCUACCACAUCCUGCGUAUGACCGGACCUUUGGUUGCGUCGCGCAUUCUGAAUUAUCUACUGCCAUUUGUCAUAACAAUGUUUUGCGGCCGCCUGGGAAACAGUGUGCUGGCUGGUUACGGAAUGGCCUCAGCUACGAUAAACAUCACAACCGCAGCUACAGGUGGAGGUCUUGCACUGGCGGCUGACACACUCAUCUCUCAGACCUUCGGUGGAAAGAACCUGCGUCGUGUUGGCAUCAUCUUGCAGAGAAGCAUACUGAUCCUUCUGCUGUUCUGUUUGCCAUGUUGCGCUCUGCUUAUCAACACACAACCCAUCCUUCUGCUGCUGAGACAAGACCCAGAGGUGGCCAGAAUAGCUCAACUCUAUGUGGUCUGUUACCUGCCAGCAGUUCCAGCAAUGUUUUUGCAUCAGCUGCAAGUAGCCUAUCUCCAAAACCAGGGCGUGAUUUUGCCUCAGAUGUAUGCAGCCAUCGCAGCCAACGUUGCUAAUGUGCUGACAAAUUACAUCCUCCUUCACUGGUUGGAGCUUGGGGUAUAUGGAUCUGCUGCUGCCAAUACCAUAUCUCAGAUCUAUAUUUGCGCUUUCCUCUAUUUAUUUAUUCGGUGGAAGAAGCUUCAUGUUGAAACAUGGGGAGGCUGGUCAUGCGACUCAUUGCAGGAGUGGGAUGGAUAUAUGAAACUGGCCAUCCCCAGUACCAUGAUGCUUUGCUUCGAGUGGUGGAUUUAUGAGGUUGGAGGUUUCCUAGCAGGCAUGCUGGGAGAGUUGGAUCUGGCAGCUCAACACGCAGUCAUUAUGCUGGCUUUUAUCAACUACAUGUUUCCAUUAGGGAUUCAAGGAGCGGCUUGUGUCCGUGUGGGUAAUGCUCUCGGAGCUGGAGACACGGCCGGAGCGAUCCGCACCAGCAAGGUUUCCCUCACCUGCACAGCUGCCUUGGCUGUUUUGCAAGGUCUUGUGCUUGUAUCAACGAAAACUGUCAUUGGUUUCUUAUUUACAACAGACAGACAUAUUGUGGCUCUUGUCUCCAAACUCUUGAACGUCUACUGUGUGCUGCAGUUCUUUGAUGGUCUUGUUUGUGUCAGCAUGGGUGUUUUGUUGGGCUCGGGGCAGCAGAAGAUCGCAGCUGUUGCUAAUUUCUUUGGGUAUUACUGCAUUGGACUUCCACUUGGCACUUCUCUCAUGUUUGCUGCAAAAUUAGACGUUGUUGGCUUUUGGCUUGGACUUCUCAUUUGUGUUUGUCUGCAGUCCAGUUUUUUCAUCGGAGUCAUUUUUAAGUUCAACUGGGAGAGAGUGACCAAAGAGGCAGUGGAACGUGCUGGAAGGAGUAAAAUCUCUGCAAUGACAGCUCCUGAUAAUGUCACCCCGAGACACAGAGAGAAUGGGGAAGAGUACAUGACUGUGAGCACAGCUGAUCCGACCGUGGAACCAAACGAGACUGGCGUGGAGGAAAAGCCUCCAGUUCUGCUGUCCACCUCUCAACUGGUCCUCAGGAGGGGUUUGACCACCCUCGCCGCUCUCCUCAUCCUCGCUGGAGGGAUAACCGUUCAUCUCAUUGUGCCAUUACCUCAGGUGUUUAACUAUACUGCUGCAAAUUUUACUUUGGACUCCAACUUUACCACACCUUCAUCACUCAUUCAUUCCACUUCAGUGUCUAUAUAAGCCUAGAGCUCUAGCUGAUCACACUGUAGACUCUACUGCCCCACGCAAAAGCUGGCCCUCUUGGCAA